CUCUCUCUCUCAUCCUAAUGUUAAUAAUAAGCCCUUAUAAUUUGGCUCCUUUGUAAGAAGUAGCUUUCUUUGUGUUUUUAUCAGCCUCCAAAGACCCAUUUUUCUGUACUGUGUCUGUCCUCUGUUGCAUCUCACAGACCCCGGGAAUUUUGCUCGUCUUUGUUGGUAUUCAUCAGACUCCAAGGACCCAUUUUUUCUGUACUUUGUGUUUCCUCUGUUGUUGUAUCUCACAGACCCAAGGAAGACCAAAUGGGGAACAGUUUAAGGGGUAACAAGACCACAAAGGUGAUGAAAAUUGAUGGAGAGACAAUGAAGCUGAAGACCCCAGUGAAAGCUGGGGAUGUGCUGAAGAAUUAUCCAGGUCUUGUUUUGCUGGAUUCUGAGGCAGUGAAGCAUUAUGGUGCUAGAGCAAAGCCUUUGGAAGCACACAAGAAUUUGGAGCCAAAGAGGCUAUAUUUUCUCGUGGAGCUUCCUAAAGGGAAGGCUCCUCCUAGGAGAAUCCGUUCUGGGAUCAACAUGAGUGCCAAAGAUCGCCUUGAGAACUUAAUGCUGGCUAGGAGGUCUGCUUCUGACCUUUCCAUCAUGAAGCAGGUUAGUGAUACUAUGGCCAAGGAGGGGUCUGAGAACGGUAAGAUGAAGCUCAAGUUGAAGCUUCCAAAGGCAGAGGUUGAGAAGUUGAUUAGAGAAAGCAAAGAUGAAGCUGAAGCAGCACAGAGGAUUAUGGGCCUGUACAUGGCUGCCACCUCGGCCUCAGCCACUGCCACGGCCUCCACCACGGCCACGCACACCACCAGCAGCAGCAGCGGCAGCGGCAGCGGUAGAGACAGUGAGAAUGAAAGUGAGGAAAGUGGGGAGCUGAUAGAGCAGAAGGUGCAUUUGAAGGUUGGUAGAAGCAGAGUUGGAGAUAGUAACAAGCCACGUGAAAAAUUGCAGAAGAGGGUCAGUUUUAUGCCAAUCGCUCAUCAAGGAGGAAGAGAAAUAGUGGUGGCUUCAUAACCGCUUAGAGCCAUGGAGGAAAUUCCAAGUUCUUGCUUCAUACCAACCUGAAAGGAGAUUUCCUGAUGCUUAGUUAAAAUAAAGACAGAGUGAUGCUAUGUAUGCUGUUUCCAUAUGGACCAGUUUGCACUUUUGAAUGAUGAAUAGACAACUUACAGUUGUAAGUAAUUGGAAGUCUAGGUAUCAUGUGUAUAUAAUAUAGCAUUACUCACUAUAUGUAAUAUAAUAUGUUGGGAUAAUUUAUAAACUCUGUUUUGUUAAAUCAAUUUAGUGAGAUGUUAUGAUUCA